GACUUGGAGUAGAUUUUGUACCAAUGGAAAUAAGUAAGAAAAAGACAAAUCCUGGAUUUAUAAAGUUGUUAUGCAAUAAUUUAAAUUUUAUGCUCAUUCUUCAAAGAAAAAAAAAGAAAUGGAGAAAAGCAAUUGUCUAACAAGACUUGUAGUUCUAAUACUUGUAUUGCCCUAUGUAAAUGCAACCUUGUCAAGGCCUAAAGCUACUACAAAGCACUUUGUGUUGGUUCAUAAGGCAUGUCAUGGAGCCUGGUCAUGGUACAGAAUAAUAGCAUUAAUGAAAUCUUCAGGGCAUAAUGUCACAGCUCUUGACUUAGGUUCUUCAGGAAUCAACUCGAAACAGGCUCUCGAAAUCACACAUUUUUCUGAUUUCUUGAGUCCGUUAAUCGAGUUCAUGACUUCUCUUCCUACACAUAAAAAUGUUGUUCUUGUUGGCCAUAGCAUUGGUGGUCUAGCCAUUUCGAAAGCCAUGGAACUUUUUCCAGAAAAAAUUUCAGGUGCUGUAUUUGUUGCUGGUUUAAUGCCUGGUCCAAAUAUCAAUGCAGGCAAUGUCUACAUAGAGUUAUGCAAUGCAGUAGUAUCGAAACUUGAUAAUCGUGUUAUAUACCAUAAUGGGCCUUCGAAUCCUCCAAUCUUCAUUUUGGGUCCAAAGUACUUGGCAAGUAAUGUUUACCAACAGAGCCCAAUUCAGGAUUUGGCGUUGGCCACUACAUUAGUAAGGGAAAUUUUUUUUUUUAGUGUGGAAGAUGUUUCGAAGGAGAUAAUUCUUUCGAGAAAAAGAUAUGGAUCAAUUAGGCGAGCGUUUGUUGUGACUUCUGAAGAUAAACUUUUAAAAAAAGAAUUUCAACAGUUGAUGAUCGAAAGUAAUCCACCUGAAGAAGUGAAAGAGAUCGAGGGCGCUGACCAUAUGGUCAUGAUGUCUAAGCCCCAUGAACUUUUUAAAUUUCUUCUUAGAUUUGCUGACAAGUGACUAAUUCACAUCUGUUGCAUUUAUAUGAUAAUCUAAGUUCUUUUUUUGAAAGUCUGAGCUAGCUGAUUGAUCUUCUAAUCAUUUUCUUUGAAUGGUUGUUGUUUUCUUUUAUUGUACUAUUAGUGUUUGGAAUUGACAUUAAUAAACAACUUAUAUUUCAAGUAAUUCCAUGG